AUGACGACGCCUGCGCUGCCCGAGGACCAGGCCCGCCUGCUCGAGGAUGCCCUCGUGGCAGUGCGGCAGCAGACCUCGCUCAUGCGGAAAUGCCUCGACACCCCGGGCAAGCUCAUGGACGCCCUCAAAUGCUGCUCGACGCUCGUCUCCGAGCUUCGCACCAGUAGCCUUGGCCCGAAGCAGUACUACGAGCUGUACAUGUCCGUCUUCGACGCGCUACGCUACCUGUCGGUCCACCUCCGCGAGAACCACCCCGUCAACCAUCUUGCCGACCUGUACGAACUGGUACAAUAUGCCGGAAAUAUCAUCCCCCGCUUGUACCUCAUGAUCACGGUCGGCACGGCGUACAUGUCCAUCGAGGACGCCCCCGUCAAGGAGCUCAUGAAGGACAUGAUGGACAUGAGCAGAGGCGUCCAACACCCCAUCCGAGGCCUCUUCCUGCGGUACUACCUGUCCGGCCAGGCUAGGGACUACCUGCCCACGACCGACAGCGAAGGGCCCGAGGGAAACCUGGGCGACUCCAUAAACUUCAUCCUCACCAACUUUGUCGAGAUGAACAAGCUGUGGGUCCGGCUGCAGCACCAGGGCCACUCGCGAGAGCGCGAGCAGCGCAUCCGCGAACGCAAGGAGCUGCAGCUGCUCGUCGGGAGCAAUAUUGUGCGUCUGAGUCAGCUCGUGGACCUGGAAACGUACAAGUCCGGCAUCCUGGGCCCCUUGCUGGAGCAGGUGGUUCAGUGCCGCGAUGUCCUGGCGCAGGAGUACCUCCUCGAGGUCAUCACGCAGGUGUUCCCGGACGAGUUCCACCUCCACACGCUGGACCAGUUCCUCGCCGCCGUCUCGCGCUUAAACCCGCAUGUCGACGUCAAGUCCAUCGUCAUUGGGCUCAUGGACCGCCUGUCUGAGUAUGCCGACCGCGAGGGGCCCAAGGAGAAGGGGCCCGACCAGGAAAAGGCCGAGGCCGAAGCGUUGGCCAAGUUGCUGGAAAAGGUGAAGCUGGAAAAGGAUGCGCCGAAGCCGGCUCCCCCGGCGGAGCCUGAAGCUGCGGCUGAAGGGGAGGCCGCCGAGGCUUCCACUGCUGGCGCGAACGGACAAGAAGGGGAGGCCGCGGCCGCGACUGGCGAUGACGCGAGCACGCUGGCCGGCGAGUCCGCCGCGUCGGUUGCCGACACGGAGACGACUGCUGUGAACGGUCAGGAGACGGAGGGCGCCAACGUGCACCUGUAUGAGGUCUUCUUCUCGCAAGUCAAGAACCUCGUCGAGGCACAGCACCUCCCCAUCCAAGACACGAUUGCGCUGCUCGUCUCGCUGUGCAACCUCGCCUUGAACAAUUACCCAGACCGCCUCGACUACGUCGACCAAAUUCUUGCCUUUGCCACUGCGAAGACGAGAGAAAACAUCAACAAUGCCGACCUGCAUUCGCCUCCCGCACAGCAAAGCCUCCUGGCUCUCCUCCAGGCACCUCUCACAAGAUAUGCCUCGAUCUUCACCGCCCUGUCUCUCCCGACAUACGUUCCGCUUUUCCAAUGCCAGUCCUAUCCUACCCGACGAGCAGUGGCUGGCGGGAUUGCUCGAGCGCUGUUGAAGGAUCAGACCAAGAUUGUGAAGACGGAGCAGCUGGAGCACGUGCUCGAGAUCCUGUCAGUUCUCGUCAAGGAAGGCUCGCAAGCGCCUCAGGGGUAUCCCGGCGCUGCGCAGCGACGAGCGGUGGAGACGGACGAGACAAUGGAGGAGCAGGGCUGGCUCGCAAGGAUAGUGCACCUGCUGCAAGCAGAGGACAACGACACGCAGUUCAAGCUUCUCCAGAUGACGCGCAAGGCGUACGCCGAGGGCAACGACCGGAUCCGCACGACGACGCCGCCGCUGAUCACGGCUUGCUUGAAGCUGGCGAGGAAGUUUAAGCUCCGCGAGCACUACGACGACAACUGGGAAACACAGAGCAACGCUUUGUACAAGUUCAUGCACUCGGCCCUCAGCAACCUCUACACGCGGGUUAACGGCGCGGGUACGUCGGAGCUGGCACUGCGGUUGUUUUGCAGCGCCGGGCAGGCGGCGGACCUGAACGGGUUUGAAGAAGUUGCGUACGAGUUCUAUGCGCAGGCGUUUACGGUGUACGAGGAGGCCGUGUCGGACUCCAAGGCGCAGUUCCAGGCCGUGUGCGUCAUUGCGUCAUCGCUGCACCAGACGCGCAACUUUGGCAAGGAAAACUACGACACACUGAUCACCAAGUGCGCACAGCACGGGAGCAAGCUGCUGCGGAAGCCGGAUCAGUGCCGUGCGGUGUACUUGGCGAGCCACUUGUGGUGGGCGACGCCCAUCGCCGGCAAUGGCGAGACGGAGGAGACCGAGCUGUACCGCGACGGAAAGCGUGUGCUCGAGUGCCUGCAACGGGCCCUCCGCGUGGCCGACUCGUGCAUGGAGACUGCGACGUCGAUUGAGCUGUUUGUCGAGAUUCUGGACCGCUACGUCUAUUACUUUGAUCAGCAAAACGAAUCGGUGACGACCAAGUACCUCAACGGUCUGAUUGAGCUGAUUCACUCGAACCUGGCGGGCAACCAGCAGGAGACGGGAUCGAUUGAGACGAGCAAGAAGCACUUCCACCAGACGCUGGAGAACAUCCGGAGUCGGCAGUAUGAAGGCGUGGUGCUGUACCCUAGCUGA